AUGGCAAUGAUUGAUGUCUCGCGGCAGAGGAGGUCGCUCCUUGCGGAUGCGAUCGUAUUGGAACACCUGCCAGCAGAAAUACUGGACAUUAUCCAAGACCAGUCCUCAACGAAACUGCUAGAUGCUGUUGCAGAGGCGGCUCUUUGCCCGCCACUUACAGAGCGUGUCUUUGCGCAUUUCGAGCAUGUCUUUCCAGACAUUUGUGCUCGAUGGAUUCUCAACCCCGGAAAUGGACAACAGCGCAUACGAAUAUACUCAGCAUUAGCCCGAAUUCUACCUUUUGCUCCCUACCUUUCAACAUUUAUUGAAUACGCCUCUUCUACUCCCGAACAAACGACAAACUCACCCUCUCUCCGACUCCCACCCUUACGACUAGACCAAGAUGCCAUGACGCAGGAUGGAGAGAUUCUCUUACAGAGCCUCCUUGUUGCUUGGAGGUUGAUCAGUUUCGAUUCGCGCAAUUUCGGCCCAUUGACAUCUGCUGCCUUGAUGCAGACCUUGUUUAAGCAUGAAAGCAGAGCUGUGCGUUAUCUUGCGACUCGAAUUUUUAUCCAACUCCUCCAUGGGUCCGAUUGGAAGCUUGAAUCUCUUAUCCAGGAACAUAUUGGCAAGAGUGAGGCUAUCCUCGCAGACUUUGACGGCCGAUCGAUUGACUAUGGAUUCCUUUCGCUGUACGAACAGUCUCGAGUGAAGUCUUUCCUGGGACUGCGCGAAGAAAUACAGGCUGCCCACGAGGCCGCAAGAGAUGAUUCUCCAUGCGCGCAGACCCUCACUCCUUACGUUGUCUGUUAUGGCAAUGUCAUCCUGCCCAGACCCCUAGGCCCAACCGGAGAACCCUCGAAUCUUGUGCUCACCCCCACGACCGUCUCCAAUUUGGAACGAUUAGCGACUAUGCUCCGUGAAUCUGACCCAACGGCCCUAGUUCACGAAAUAGCCAAACAACUCGGCAUGUACUCUAACAUGGUCACAUUGCACCUCAAUGAACAAACGGACGCGAAAAUGCUUAUUGGACUAUACUCGACAGAUUCGAAGCCCGCCGUGAGGGAAGGUCGAUGGGUGUUGGUCCUGAGCACGCUGCUCCCCCUGAUUGAACGAAAGGAACUCCUCAUCCCAAGCCGAGGCGAAAGAAUACGAGCAGCCAGCACUUUCCGACUUUUUGCAACUAAUUUGCCAAGCCUGGCCCUCGCAGCGUCUGAGCUCGAGGAUGUCGUGGCUCAGACCAUUUUGGCAGUGUAUGCUCGCUUGUGUCGUCUUGGCUCCACGCCUGGCGCUUUGGCUCGAGGCCGGAAUAUUAUGGACCGUCAAGUGACAUUGCGAGAUCUUCUCAAAUGGUGCCGAAGGUUGCGUGAAUGCCUUGUCGCCGCUGGGUCAAAGACGGGAGAAGAGCCAAUCACCAAGACAACAAGCGAUCAGAUGUUUUUGGAAGCGGUCGAUUGCUUUCUCAUUGUUGCGAUCGCUGAGGAGAUGCAAUUACCCAAGGAAUUGGCAGAGCACUACUUCACUACACACAUACCCAAUUUGAACGAGAGUGAUAACCAGUUCAGCAUUGGGCGCGCUGUGUUACGGAAGAAGAAACAAUCAAACCGAGUUCAGAAAUCCAAACGACCCUUUGCUAGCACAGCCCACGCCAAGAAGCUGUUGGAACAGAUCGCCGUGGCUGUCAAGCUAAAUGAGCCUGUCCUUCUUCAACUGGCUGAGUCUUUGGGCCAUAAGCUUGUUGCUGUCAACUUGUCCCAGCAGAGUGAAGUCGGCGAUCUUCUGGGUGGCUUCAAGCCAGAAGAGUUUGAAGAUCUUUUCUCGGCAACGGGUAUUUCAGCGUCAAAGAAUCAGAAGUAUCUCGAACAAGUUGGCAAGUGUUUUGCCAAGGGGCAGUGGUCAAGGGUGUCAAAGCUGUGGAAGGAAGCUCCUAAAAUGUUCAACAAGAUCGUCAAAGAGCUCGAAAGAGUUCAAACUGAACAAGCAGAGACCAGGAAUGGCGACGAGCAGCCCACAAAACGUCGAAAAACCCAGUCGAAGCUCCAAACCCUACUCGAUCUACGUCCAAGAUGGGAUAUGUUUGCUCGUAAUCUUGAGCAGUUUGACGUACAGAUCUCUGGGGGUUCUGGCAGCUUUGCUUUCUCUUUCAUGGAGGGAAAUUUAGUCAAGGCUGUGCGUAACGGUGAUUGGGUUCUUCUUGAUGAGAUAAACCUCGCCUCGCCUGACACGCUUGAGAGUAUCGCGGAUCUUCUGACCGGACCAGACGAAAGGCCAUCAAUUUUACUGUCCGAAACUGGCGAAAUUGAGAAAAUUGAAGCACACCCAAACUUCCGCAUUUUCGGUGCGAUGAAUCCUGCAACCGAUAUUGGGAAACGUGACCUCCCAGUUGGCAUUCGCUCCAGAUUUACUGAGGUCUAUGUUUCCAGUCCUGAUAAAGACCUUAAGGACCUUCUUACAAUUAUCAAGACGUAUCUGGGAAGCAGCAGCAGCAAGAAUGAUCAAGCGGCAGAUGAUAUUGCUCGUUUGUAUAUUAACACCAAGCGACUAGCUGAGGAGAAACGGUUAGUCGAUGGAGCGAACGAGGUACCUCAUUUCAGUCUUCGAACCCUCACACGAGUUCUUAGCUAUGUGAACACCAUCGCCCCCUACUAUGGUGUCCGAAGAGCUUUGUAUGAGGGUUUCUCGAUGGGCUUCCUUACCCUCCUUGACCGAGAGUCUGAAAAGAUGCUUGUUCCCCUAAUAUCCCACCACCUUUUCGAGAAACAUGGAAACCCACAGUCCUUACUUUCCCAGGCCCCCAAACACCCUAAUGAUGGAAAGCAAUAUGUGCGGUUCAAGAAUAAGAACCGAGACCGACAAUAUUGGCUGUUCCAAGGCAGCGAAACCCCUAUUGAGCGGGAAGACUAUAUCAUUACCCCUUACGUUGAACGCAACCUCCUGAACCUUGUCCGAGCCACUUCUACAAGACGCUUCCCCAUCCUGAUUCAGGGCCCUACUUCUGCCGGAAAGACGAGUAUGAUUGAGUACCUUGCAAACUUCACUGGUAACAAGUUCGUGCGAAUCAACAACCACGAACACACCGAUCUUCAAGAAUAUCUGGGCACCUACAUCUCAGGUUCUGAUGGGAAGCUCCGUUUCCAAGAAGGUAUUCUUGUUCAGGCAAUGCGCCAAGGUCACUGGAUCGUACUUGAUGAGCUGAAUUUAGCACCAACUGAUGUCCUCGAGGCUCUGAAUCGUCUUUUGGAUGACAACCGCGAACUUCUGAUCCCUGAAACACAAGAAAUUGUCAAACCUCAUGAGAAUUUCAUUCUGUUUGCUACCCAAAACCCCCCCGGUCUUUACGGCGGAAGAAAAGUACUCUCAAGAGCGUUCCGUAAUCGAUUCUUGGAAUUACACUUUGAUGAUAUCCCUGAGGAUGAGUUGGAGUUUAUCCUUCAGCAACGAAGCCGCAACACCUCUCCUCCUGAUUGUCGAAGAAUUGUCAAUGUCUAUAAGGAACUCUCUAGGCUUCGCCAAACCAGCCGAUUAUUCGAACAGAAGGACAGUUUUGCAACACUUCGUGAUUUGUUCCGCUGGGCAUUGCGAGAGGCUGAUACCCGCGAGGAGAUUGCUGCUCAUGGAUUUAUGCUAUUGGCUGAGAGAGUCCGUAAUGAAGAGGAGCGUAUCGCGGUUAAGGAGGUUAUUGAAAAGGUCUUCAAAGUGAAGAUUGACCCCCAAGACCUGUAUUCCGCUACAGUGGCCCCUGAACUGAAGCAGUUCACCAGCAAAACCAACAGUCAAGGUGUGGUAUGGACGCAUGCGAUGCGCCGACUUUAUGUUCUUGUCUCUCGAGCGUUGCAAAACAAUGAACCCGUUCUUCUGGUUGGUGAGACAGGUUGUGGAAAGACGACAGUUGUUCAAUUGCUUGCGGAGGCAUUGAAGACACAGCUUCAUAUUGUCAACGCUCACCAGAAUACCGAGACUGGUGAUUUGAUUGGUUCACAAAGACCUGUCCGUAAUCGUGGAGCUAUUGUCGAAGCUUUGGAUGUCGAUUUGAAGUCGGUUCUACAAAGCCUCGGAUUGGAUAUCUCUGGCUCCGUAGAAGAUCGUCUUGAUCGAUACAAAGCAAUGGAUCUGUCAGUCAGCAGCGCUAUUCCCCAAGAGGUGAGAGAGCGUAUCACUGCACAUGAGACGCGAAGCAAGGCUCUAUUCGAAUGGGCGGACGGAAGCUUGGUUGAGGCCAUGCGAGAAGGCCAUUUCUUCCUCCUUGAUGAGAUUUCCUUGGCCGAUGACUCGGUAUUAGAGCGUCUGAACUCUGUACUCGAGCCUUCGAGGACACUUCUUCUGGCUGAGAAGGGAAUUGACAACUCUUUUGUUGUUGGGGCGGAUGGCUUCCAGUUUUUCGCUACUAUGAAUCCUGGUGGCGACUUCGGAAAGAAGGAACUGUCACCCGCGCUGCGAAACCGAUUCACUGAGAUCUGGGUUCCAGCUUUGUCCCAGACCGAGGAUAUCUAUGAGAUUGUUAAGACAAAGCUCAACGGUGACUCUAAGCAACUCGUUGAAAUUGUGGUCAAAUUCGCUGCUUGGUUCGGCGAUACCUUCAGAUCUAUGGCUUCAGCACCAUUCUCCGUCAGAGAAAUUCUCGUCUGGGUACAAUUUAUUAACACCUUUCAGUCCAAUGAGCCUAUUGUUUCAUUGGUCCAUGGCGCCUCUACAAUCUUUAUUGACAGCAUCGGCGCGAACCCUUCUGCUCUUCUAGCCACGGAUCCCAAGUCUCUUGGUCAACAGCGACAGAAGUGUCUUGACAAACUGAGCGAACUCAUCGGCAAGGACGUGUCUAGUAUUUACGAAACUCACCCGGAGCUGUCCAUGAAUGAUAGUUCUCUGACAAUUGGGCACUUCAGCAUCCCCCGUGCUUCCACAGGUGUCGCUGAUCCAGGGUUCGCUUUCCAUGCACCCACCACUCGUCUGAACGCUAUGCGAGUCCUUCGAGCACUCCAAAUGCAGAAACCAAUUCUUCUCGAAGGUAGCCCUGGUGUGGGAAAGACAACUCUGGUUGCCGCCCUGUCUCAGGCUUGUGGACAGCCAUUGACCAGAAUUAACCUGUCUGACCAGACCGAUUUGAUGGAUUUAUUUGGUACAGACGUCCCAGUCGAAGGAGCCGAGGCUGGCAACUUUGCCUGGAGAGAUGCGCCGUUCCUACAGGCUAUGCAGAAGGGCGAAUGGGUACUCUUGGACGAAAUGAACCUUGCUUCUCAAUCUGUUCUCGAAGGGUUGAACGCCUGUCUCGAUCACCGAGGUGAAGUUUACAUCUCCGAGUUGGACCAAGUCUUCAAACGUCAUCCAGACUUCCGCUUGUUUGCAGCCCAAAACCCUCACCAUCAAGGCGGUGGCCGAAAGGGAUUGCCCGCCUCCUUUGUUAAUCGUUUUAUUGUUGUCUACGCCGAUGUUUUCUCAGACGAUGAUAUGAACUUGAUCGCAGCACACAACUAUCCCAAAAUCUCUCCAUCAGUGAUUAGCCAACUCAUCCAGUUUGUGUCCCAGCUGGAUCACAAGCUUUCAGUUGAGAAGUCAUUCGGAACACAAGGGAGCCCUUGGGAAUUCAACUUGCGCGAUGUGCUUCGCUGGUUAAAGCUUUUAGACUCGUCUGAUCCUCUGCUUCACAACGCCUACGCUGAUGAUUUCCUCGAUAUCAUUGUGCGACAGCGUUUCAGAACGGAGCGUGAUCGUGAGGAGGUCAACAACCUCUUUACUCUUAUCUCUGGGUCUUUGCCACGACAACAUAGUUUGUAUCAUGAUAUCAACCCAACGUUCGGACAAGUCGGUUUGGCACUACUUGACAGACACCCUCAUUCGCAGCCAGAACGACUUCCUAAUAUUGAUGUCGUCCCUCGGCUGUCUGAGCUUGAGUCAAUCAUGAUUUGCGUCAAACAGAAUGUUCCCUGCAUCUUGAGCAGUCCCUCAGGCUAUGGCAAGUCUGUUCUUCUGGAACAUGUUGCGGCUUUGGCAGGAAAGUCACUUGUGGUGUUCCCAAUGAACGCUGACAUUGAUACUAUGGAUCUUGUCGGUGGCUUCGAACAGGCGGACCCUCUACGGGAGGUCAACGCGGCGCUUCGGGCCCUUCAGCAGGAUCUUCAAAACUCUAUCAUGUCGGCCGUGCCUGAAGACAUUCCCACCGAAGCCCUCCAUCUACUUCAUCUGCUCAAUGGAUUUACUGGCGAUAUCGAUUCACUUCCCGCGAUCACCACCUCUGUGGAACACCUACUUGACAAUGUGCCUACGGACUCUGAGGUGGCAACCGCAUUGUCAAGGGCUCUUAUCCCCCUUCAGCAUUCCUUAGUGCUAGAAAACCCCCGUUUCGAAUGGCUGGAUGGUGUUAUCGUCAAGGCCCUACAGUUAGGUCAAUGGUUGGUUCUCGAUAACGCGAAUAUGUGCAACGCCUCAGUGCUGGAUCGAUUGAAUUCUCUCCUCGAACCGAAUGGAUUUCUGAGUAUCAAUGAGCACUGCGGACCCGGUGGAGAGCCAAGAGUCGUCCACCCUCAUCCAGACUUCAGGAUCUUCUUGACAAUGGACCCACGCUAUGGCGAACUAUCCCGCGCGAUGAGAAACCGUGCUGUUGAAAUUCACAUUAACACACCACCACCAGCCCUUGACCCCUCUUACCACCGAGUUGUGAGUGUAGAGAGCAGCCUUCAAAGAUACAACAUGUCCCGCCAGAUUUCCGACACUAUUUCUAAGACUGGGGAAUCUAUCGAGGUCAUUGAACGGGCUCUUGAGACACUCUCGAUUACUGAUGUGUCUGUUCUGCCUCGGUUUACAGCCACUCUACCCAGUUAUGACACGCACAGCGGGGCAUUCAGUUCUGCAGUGACCGAAUUGCUCAGCUUCCUGAACUCAAGCAAUGGGGCUGAUGGUGUCAAUGGCAUUUCUCAAUUAUAUAGCUCUUUGCCCAUUCCCGAGGGACUCAAACCUGCGCAGCCAUUGCAUCCUCUAAACAACUUCCCAAUUACCCACCUCUUAUCUUCACCAGACCAAGCACGAUGGCUUGGUGCAUGCUUGGAGUUUUAUUAUGAACUCAAUCAUCUGCAGAAUUCAAUUGAGGACCAGCGAUGUCAGGCUCAAGUCAAUAAGUUGACUGCUCUCAACCGACUUCAAAGAUCACUGAUAAGUGACCGCGUCGCCGCUGUGUCCAAGGAUGCCACUGUUAAGCUAGCAUCUUUCUUGCUAUCUACAAUCAACAUUGCAAAAGAAUUUCUCGGCUUCAAAUUCGAGUCUUUCGAAACAUGGAUGGAGCGAGUCCGCAUUGUGAGGGGCAUUGUGUGCUAUCUCAAGAGGACCGUUCGUCUUGGUAUUGAAUCCGACUUUGACGAAGCAAAAUUUCAAGCACACCUUGCUCAAGGUGCAAACUUCCUCCAAAAACAUUUGGAUGCAUCAGUUGGGUCCCAAGAAAACGAAUUUGUCUUUCUGCUCCUUGAGCGGCUGGGCAAAGACUUUACUGCUGGUUUCAAGUUAUCGACCGGUCUAAGCAUGGAGUUGCUUUGGCACAUUUUCAGACCCACUCCUUUGCCUACAAAGAUGAUCCUGGAUCGCACACUAGAACUCGAGAAACUAGGCUCAAGAUUCGAUACAUUACGAUGGAAGGCUGGAGCAUCAAUUCCAGAUCUCACAAAGGCUAUGGCUACACUGGAGAAGGCCUCCGGAAUCCUCCGCGAGGACGCUCCUAAUGUGGACAGUCUCCUCCAGGACCUUACUACUGAAAUUCAGUCUCUGGAGGGUCGAAUCGGGGUUGACGAGGUUGAACGUAAGCCUUUUAUGAUGGAAGAGUUUGAAGCACUCCGCCAGGUUUCAAUGCUCAAACCCCUGCCGUCGGAUGACACAGAGCUACAAGUGUUGUCCGAUAUACCCAUACAGGCUGGAAUGAUGCUGGCCAGCUCUAAUCUCCAAGCCGCGCUUCUUCAAUCGGUGGAGAACUUGGUCUACCAGAACAAAUUCGCUUGGGAUGGCAAAUUUGUCUCUUCUCUUUGGUCUAAGCUGCAAAAUCUAGGAUCCGUUAAUCUAGGCUCCUUGGCUCUUCUUGAAGCCGAACUUCCAAUCGCCGGUCGGCAGAUCAUGAAACUGAGUGCGGAUGUGGUGGCAAACCCUCUGGCACGGCUCAACAAUGUUCUGUCCCAGCUUCUCCUCGAAGUUUUCAACGCCCAUGACCAGAGCCUCAGGCAUGUGGUUAUUGAAGCCACCCAGCUGGCUUCUCAAAACCUUGCCCACAGCUCUCUUGCUUUUGAUGAUCUGGCGUCCCGAAUCGAGACAGACCACUUCCGCGAAAUUGCAAUCGAGCAUCUCAUCCCCGCCCUCAAGGCUCUCGCAACUCUACAACACGAUAUCCAACAGGAGGCCCAACUCUCAGCCUUUGCAUGGAUUCACUUCAGCAUCGGAACCGUCAAGCUGUACGUUCCGGAUCGCGUUUUUGAUCCGCAGAGCCGACCCAAGAUGGAGCGUGAAUUCCUUCAAGAGAUGCAUGCUGUCCUCAACAUGGAAACAGACUCACUGAGAGCAUUCGAGAAGCUCUUUACUGGACAAGACACGAAUGAACGCAUUCGGUUACUUGAAGCAGAGUCUGCUGCCUUGGGUCCCCUUCCCGAAGAGGUCCGCCCUAUUUACAGACCAGAUCAAUCGGAGUUAAACCGUCUCCAUGCUGAGUUCUCAAACGUGCUAAAGGCGGUUACAGGUCCUACUUUGUCCGCUGCACUUCAAAUUCUUGACAACGAUCCGGUUCGAGCAACCGAGGAGUUGCAGCUUGUUAGAGAAAAUGUCCUCAGACUCUUGGAUCGACUUUCUGCUCGUUUCGAGGCAUAUCAAGACAUGACCCGGCCUACAUCAAACCUGCUUCGUUGCCUCAUGAUAGGGCUCUCCCUUUGCGAUGCCGCCUCAGCUCGUGGCCUGGCACCUGCUUCCUACCAGCUCCUUGAGGUCACUCCUUUCCUAGGUGGCAGUAUGUGGAAUCAAAAGAAUGGUGAAUUCUCGUCCAGAACAUUUGAGUUUCUUAACUACAUGACAGUAGUUGCUAGCAUUGAAGGCAUCGGCAAUAUUGCACAACAAGCCCGCGAGAUGGUCUUCAGAAGUUUCCACAGCUUGUUCGAUGAGUGGACUAAGCGACUUGAAGCAGACCGCAAAGAACAAACCGCCAAAGGGAGCCUGUAUCGCUUUCGGGGUUCUCUGGAAGAUGAGGAGCAAGUUGAUGUGGAGGAGUUCAAUGAACUGUUCCCGACCUUCGACGAUGACGAAGCCGCAAAUGUCCCAACCAACAAGAAGCAGGAUGAAGUACGGGAUCAGUCGCUUCGAGUGGCCGAAAUUCACAAGAGCCUCUUUCUCAACCCACCGCAAUUUACUAUGGCUUUAAAGGAUGCCUGCAAAUCUGUGGGAGACAGGAUCACUUCAGAAACCAUCGACCACAAGAACAUUGACCGCAGUCUGACAAGCAAGAUGUUGGCCGGAACCAUGUUCUUCCUGAGCGACAAGCUUGAUUCUCUCGCAUCACCCACUGUGGACAAAUCCUACAACUUCUACACAGAUGCCAACGUUCCUGAGACCCGCCAGCUCGUUGCCCUCAUGCACAAAAUCAAGACUCGGUUCCGGGAGCUGCAAAUGGUCGACGAGAUCGGACAUAUGCAACCUUUGGCUGAUGUCAUUCAUGCUUGCGAUCAGGUCCUCGAACUUGUUCAUACCGAACCUUUGGCCAAGAUUCUUCCCAAGGUUGAAUACCUCCACAGCCACGUAUACGAGUGGCAAUUUGGCGGCUGGGCCAGCAAAAUAUAUGGUGUUCUUACUCUUCACAACCUGCUUACUGAUACGGUCAUCCGCUGGCGACGAUUGGAACUCUCAACUUGGGCCAACCUCUUUGAUAUGGAACAGAAGAAGUGUCAAGAUGAUGCUUAUUCUUGGUGGUUUGUCGCUUAUCAAGUUGUUAUCGCUGUGCCUCUGUCUUUGGUCGAGGUCCCCAACGAGUUGAAAGAGUAUGCUUCUUCUCUCAUCUCAAGUCUGGAGAUGUACUUCUCGACAGCAAUCGUUGGGCAAUAUGGAGCUCGACUGGCAUUACUGCGUCAACUUCAGAGCCAUCUCAAGCUAUUGACUGAAGAUUACCCAGUACUUCAACUUAUUUUGCAUGCGUUGUCCAACUUCAUCCAGUACUAUUCCCGCUACGAGAAGAUUAUGGAUGAAACCAUCCACAAAGGACGCCUUCCCAUUGAGAAGAAGAUGAAGGACGUACUGCUAAUGGCUAGCUGGAAAGACACAAAUAUCAAUGCUCUUCGGGAAAGUGCUCGCAAGUCUCACCAGAAACUUUUCCGAAUCAUUAGAAAGUUUCGCGGUGUUCUUGGUCAGGAGGCAAAGCAAAUUAUUGAACAAGGGCUGCCUGAUCAAGACGUGCACCACACAAAUUACGUUGGAGAUAAACUCCCCAUUACGGAUGUUUCUGCGGACGUCUUUUCUAAGCUUAACAACACUCUGCCAGGGUGGAUCAAUGGCCACAAGCGACUUGCCAACGUCUCUAAAACUGUCUCUGUCAUGCGAAAGAUCUCAGAUAGUUCAGAAAUGAUCAGCCAGGUACCUCAAAUCGUUGAUGACUACGUCUCUAGCUUGAGCGAGUCAAUGACAGAACUUCGCAAAGAGACACCGCCAUUUUUGACCGAUGAGAACAAGGACCAAGUCAAGCACUUGAAGACGAGAAAAAGGAAACUGUUUGCUGAUACGUUGCGGGAUCUUCGGCAAAUGGGUUUCAAGCACAACCUAGGACAGGACAAGCUUGCUGAGCAGUCAUCGCUAUCAGUUGUGUUAUCGUCAAUGCAGCCUGUGCAGCUUCCUUCGAACAAUUUUGCCGAAGCGAUGGACUAUCACUUGCACAAGAUCCUCGAUCUAGCCCCCAAGGUCAGGGCUGCUUCUCGAGAUCAUUCUGAGGAUCUUACCAGUGCCGAGGUUGCGCGAAGUGCUGGAUUUGUUGAAGGAAUGCUCAAUCUUUUGCUGACUCAAAGAGAUUCGAUCACAUCUGGCGCCUCCUCUUUAUCACUUCUUGAACGAUCCACAGCGCAAUUCAACCGCCUUGGACUUUCUCAUGAGCAUGGACUUCUCAUUCGUGGGACAGUAGUCUCCGACUGGACACGCCUUGUCCCUUGGCUCGUUCAAAUUCUCCAGUGUGCCAUUCAUUUGGUUGGAAUCCAUGAGAAGUUGGGAGAAAUGAAGCACACUGUGGUUGUAGAACAGCUGAAGUCGUGGCAUGGGCGGUUCGAGUCUCUCCAAACUUUGACUGUAGGGCUCGGUCAACUUCCAGAGGGUCUGUCUUCCGAAGCAGCUGCUCGUGCUGAGGCGAACUUUACGAGUGAACUGGCUAGUUUCCGUGCCAAGCUCGAAGAGUUAACCAUGGAGCAGCCAGAGCUCUCCUUUAUUCUCGUGCAGGUUGUUGGUUGGACCAAGAUCACCAAGGAAGUCGCACCCAGCUUUACAUCCGAGGACGUGGAGAUAACCACUUUUGUAAAUGCUGUCUCGACACUUUGUGACAAAAUCCUAGUCGCGAUCGAGAGCGUGAAAAAGGCGGCGAAGGAAAUCAAUCACAAAGAGGACGAACCUGCUUGGCUCACCACUCACGCCGACGGCUUCGUGAACCUCUUUACCAAACUCCGUACUGCCGAGAUCGAGAGGAGUGUGACCAGCUGUAUCAAUAUGUUGAAGCAGAUUCAUCUGGAAGACCAGGAUCUCAGUCAGGCGGCCAUGAGUCUCAUGACUAUCGCAUGUCCUCUCCUGAACGAGUAUGUUGAUCUCGCUCAGCAGACCUUGAUGCAAGUUGUCGACAUCCACAGCGCCGUAGCACAUAUGUCUUAUAAUAUGACCAAGACGUUCACUCAAAUCUCCUCUCAAGGGUUUUGUACACCACAAGAAAAGUCUGAUGAAACCUCUGGCGAAUCUGGCAAAGUGGAAUCCGGAACUGGUCUUGGUGAUGGCGAAGGUGCCGAAGACAUUAGCAAGGACAUCCAGCCUGAUGAGGACCUGUCCGAGCUUGCCCAAGAAGCCAACAAGGAGGAGAAUGGCGAAUUGGAAGACGAAAAAGACGCUGUGGACAUGGCCGAUGAGGAGCUUGAAGGAGACAUGGGCAGCGUCGAUGGGGCCGAUGAUGACGAGGAGGGGUCGAAGAACGGAGAUGAAGAAGAGGAGGAGAACGAUAUGGACGAAGAAGCUGGAGAGGUCGAUGACCUGGAUCCCACUGCCGUUGACGAGAAGAUGUGGGAUGGAGACGACGAAGAAAAGGCUGACAAAGACCAGCAGGAUGAAGAUGCAAAGAAACAAGAGGGCGAGGAGCAGCCAGAUGAAGAGGAAGCCGAUGCUGAAGAAGAGGAUGUCAAAACCCAGGAGGAGAUGAAUAAGCAAGACCAAACCGCCCAAGAGAAUGAUACACUGGCGCUUCCUGAGGAUAUGGACGAUGACUUGGAUGGUCUUUCGGAUAUCGAAGAAGAGAAGAAGGAGGGAGAGGACCAGGGGAUGGGUGAUGACAAGGAGGAUGAAUCAGAUGACGCUGCGGCCCAAGCCCAGCUUCAAGAAGAGGCCGGAGAAGAGGCCGAAAUCGAGGAAGAUGAAGAGAUGCCAGAAGAAAAGGCCGGUGGCAAGGAUGAAGUCGACGAGGAGGCUAAACCUGAGGAAGAUGAAAAGGACCAAGACCAGGAGGAUGCUACAGAUCAAAAUCAGCCGCCUCAAGACAACGCUACAGCUGAUACCGACAACGCUGCACCAAGCGAUGUUAAGAGUUCCGGCCAGGAUCAGAAUGCUGACUCGAUGGAUGUCGAUGAUAACUUCCAGAGCAACGCUGCCCAGCAGGAGGAUGGCGAGAUGGGAGAGGGAGCCGCGGAUCAAGACACGAGCGCAGGAAACAAGGGGGCCGAACAGGAACAGGAAAAGGCGGACUCGGCACGCAGCGAUCCUUUCAAGAAGCUCGGCGAUGCACUUGAACGCUGGCACCGACAGCAGGAAGACAUCAAGGACGCUGAGCCUUCAGAUGCCAAUGAACAAGACGCACCACAAGACCCAAGCGCCGAUCAAGGCCACACCCAAGCCAUGGGAACCGCGGAUGAUGAGCAAGUACAGCCCAUCGACGACCGCCUGAUGGACGAUGAUAAAGAAGAGACUGAACAGGACCCUGAUAAGAUGGACACUGCUGACUCGGCGGAGGCGCCGGAUGCCAGCAAGCAAGAUGCAGACAAUGACCAGGACGACACGCGCUCAGGGGUCAAGACACGCCAAGGCAACUAUGACCGUCCGCUCAGCCCUUCAGAUCAGGAGGCGCAACUGGAUGAACAGGAUGAUGAGGUCGAAAUUCAUGAGACAUCGACUCAACUCUCUUCAACUCACAUCUCGGAUGAAGAACGACCACUCCGAGAUUUUGGCGAGUCGAUGCAGCAGUGGACUGAAUUCCAGACCAAAACACAUUCGCUCUCUCUGGCUCUGACAUCCCAGCUCCGACUUAUCCUUACCCCUUCACAAUCAACCAAACUCUCGGGAGCUUUCCGUACAGGAAAAAGACUCAACAUCAAGCGCAUCAUCCCUUACAUUGCAUCGAGCUACAAGCGGGACAAGAUCUGGAUGCGACGCAGCAUCCCGACCAAACGAACCUACCAGAUAAUGCUUUGUGUGGAUGACAGUAAGAGUAUGGGCGAAACAUCGUCAGGUACUCUGGCAAUGGAGUCUCUUGUCAUGGUAUCACGAUCUCUUACCAUGCUGGAAGCUGGCCAAGUUGGUGUCAUGGGCUUCGGAAGCGAUGUUUUCACAGCCCAUGGCUUAACCGAGCCUUUUGCUGCAGAUGCUGGAGCCAAGGUGUUGCAGAAGUUCAACUUCUCUCAAGAUCGUACCGAUAUUGCACUCCUCAUCCAACGAACCAUUGAAACGUUUAGACUUGCACGGCAACAGGGCAGCGGCAACUCGGAUCUCUGGCAAUUGGCAUUGAUUCUCUCCGACGGUCUUACACCUUCAUCAGCCCACGAGGGUAUCCGCCGAAUGCUGCGAGAGGCAAUGGAGGAGCGCAUUAUGAUUGUGUUUAUUAUCAUGGAUGAUACGGGCAAGAAGAAGGGUGACAGCGUACUUGAACUGAAGGAAGCUAAGUUUGUUCGGGACGGUGGAGAGAGCAAAGUGGUGAUUGAGAGAUAUUUGGACACGUUCCCAUUCCAGUACUACCUGAUCGUUCAUCAUCUUGAGGAGCUGCCGAGCGCCCUUGCUGGCCUCUUGCGAACAUGGUUCGCCGAAGUCAAUGCCUAGGGGAAAGGGGUUUUCUUUGUGCAGGACAGAGGAUGGUGAUAGAAUGGUUGCAUAUACUGGCGUUUACGGGGCAAUCUGAUACAGUAAUAAUUCUCCAUAGAACAGGGGCAGGCAUUAUUUAGACUGUGGACAAAGUUACUUCACUUUAGAGAUGUUAACUUGGUUCAAUUAUUCAGACAAGUC